AUGCAGGCGUUGGGCAUAUGCAUGCGGGAACUGCGCCUGUUGGUUCUCCUGUGUGGCAUAGUCUUGAUGCACACACCACACGACUUUGUGGUUGCAGUCGGUCCGAGUGAGCCACGUUCGCUCAGGUGGAAGGGCAAAAAACCCACGAUCUCUCCGCUGAAGGAGCACCGCCUACAGAGCACCUUUGCUGGAGCUGCUUCUGUGGCGCUGUUGUCAGUGGCCGCAGUAGCCUGCAGGCAGAGAACUUCGUGUGCUCGUCAAGCUGAAGCUCUCAUGCCUUGGAGGAUUCCAAAUACACAGCGCUUCCAGUGGCUGUCGGUUCGAGAAUUACUGCUGCGUGAGCGCAUCCUCAUGAUAUCGGAGUAUAUUGAUGACAACAUGGCGAAUGCUUAUUUGGCGAUGCUUUUAUAUUUGCAGUCAGAAGAUGCAAAAAAGCCAGUUCAAAUUUACUUCUCCAGCCCUGGAGCUGCCCUGAAACCUGCAUUGGCUCUUUAUGAUACAAUUUGUCAGCUGAAAGCCAAGGGUUGCAAGGUGACUACUGUGAGCUAUUCCCUGUGCGCCGGCAUGGGUGCUUUUUUAGUUGCUGCUGGAUCGCCGGGCCGGCGCUUUGCAACGCCCAACUCAUUGUUCCUCCUUUCUAAGACAGGACUCGAAAGCCCAGUGCAAGGGCAAGCCACAGAGAUAGAGUUGGAGGCUCGACAGAUGCUUCGAGAGAGCAACAGGGUAGAAGAAGAGCUUUCAAGCAUCACUGGCCAAGCAAUCGAGAAGAUCCGGAAGGACUUGCAGCGAAACUUCUACCUUUCCGCCGAAGAAGCCGCCAAGUAUGGCCUGAUAGACAAAGUGCUUGUGCCACAGUCUGACAAGGGCUCCAAGUUAGACCAGGGAACUCGGGAUCCCUGGAGCGGCCAGGUGGUCAAGCCGCAAGUCGGCUUUGGUGUAUUUGCCGACCCAGACCAACCACGAACGGCAGUUUGA